GCAUGAUUUUUUAUUCACUGAUAUCAACAGCUGUUUUUCACUUUGCGCAUGGUAUAACCUUAAGUUGUGUUCCUGAUGUACCUAGAUAUCUAUCCAAUAUGACAUGCACUUGUAGAAACCCAACUAAAAAUGGUGUUGAAUGGCGACUUAACUCGCAAAUUGUUAAUACUUGUUCAGGAACUAAAGACAAGUGUUUUCCGCCUUCCUUACAGUACACAUCAUCUGUGUCUAGUGAUGAAUUUUACAUCGGGGUCAGCCCUUACUCAUACAAAAAUUGUGCAACAUAUAGUUGCAGAGACAAAAGCACAGGCGAAGAAGUUUCUGCCACAACCUCUAUAGCUGACUUUGGCCAAAGCAGUAUUACAGCACAGGAACCUGGAGCUAAUACAAAUGGUCAAAUUUUGGUCAAUACAGGAUGUGUUUUCCCAACAUCUGACAUAACUGUGACAUGGUACAAAAUUGAGAAUGGAACAGAAGAAGAUUUUACAUCCAGUAGACCAAGUCCCAUACAAUUAUCGGAUAGGUCAGAUUGUACACGUACAUGUAAUUCAGAGACAGAUAGAAAAGUAGCAAGUGGAUUUACUCAUACUGAAUAUACUGGUUCCGACUAUGUAGAGGUCGUAUAUAAGGUUACAGUCACACACAACUUAUACAUAGAGGAAGUAUUUACAUGGACGUCAUCGAAAUACCGGCUUAAAGCAGGUACCACAGUACCACCAACUGCUUCUACUACAUCAAAACCAACUCACUCUACAACAAUCAUAGUUCUAAGUGUUGUUGGAGGGGCUAUUGUAAUUCUAAUAAUAUGUAUCAUAGUCUGCAUACUAUUAAGAAAAAAGUCUAAUAGAGAGAAGAAAUACAGUGCUGACCCAGAAAAUGAAAAGAUGCCUCAAGUAGACAUAAAUGUGACUAAGCAACAGUAAAACAAAGUAUUAUGACAAUAACGAUGUAACGAUGUUUUGCUUAUAUUAAAAAUGCAAUACAAGAUAUCUAAAUGAAAACACAUAUAGAGCAGAUACCAUUUCUAGAUUUCUAAAUUGUUAAUUCUAGUUUUGAAAAAAAUGUUAAAAAAUAAAAAAUAC